AUGUUGGGGAGAGACAUCGAAAUAAAAGCGAGGAAAAAAAUUCGGGAGGAGCCGAAAAUUUUCAUGAACGAGUUGGCUUAUGGAGUGCCGCAGAAGAAUUCUGUUCGUCCUCCAUCCGUUCCCACAGUUGGAAUGAGUAAAAUACAGGCGAAAGGGUGGAAGGCAUUCUUCAUUGAAUACGCGAGUUCCGCAUCGUUCCACGGGCUCAAUCACUUGGCUGCGCCUCGUAGACAUCUCUUCGAACGGAUUGGCACAGUGGUCAUCAUCAUCAUGUCGUUAGUGGCACUGGUCCUGCUCUCCCUCCACUUCUGGGAGGAAUACCAGAAUUACCCCAUAGUCAUCAUUCUGAACCACGGUUUCCACAACUAUAAAAUUGUUCAACCAGCGAUUGUUGUGUGUACAAAAAGUGGAGUUGAUGAGGAAAAGUUCCCUGAGGUUUUUAAGAAAUACGGCAUUGAGGAUACAGAAGAGCUUCGAAAAUUCUUCAUGGUGAUAUCUAGAGAGCCGUACUCGUACAAGUUGGAGAGCCCUGAAACCGUCAGUGUUCCCUCCAGCAUGUGGCUGUCGAUCCUGAACGACUUGAAGCCAGAAAUAGAGGACGUCUACAAGACAAAAGAUGCCUCGUGGGUCAUCACUGAGUGGGGAUUCUGUAACAGUUUCUGCAGUUACGCUGCGCCCUAUUCCUCUUUCGACUAUUGGAUGAGUGAUAACUGGACUGUAAUACCGGAACCUCCGGAACUACCAUUCUAUGAACACUUGAGUCCAAUCUUCAAUCUUCCCAUUCAUGUGACGGCUUAUGAUGUAUUCAUCAGCUUUGCUCAUCCCGGCAACAUUGUUGACUUCACGAGGAUUACGUACCUGGCGAAAUUGCAGUGGCGGACCGAGCUCGCCAUUAACACCGAAGAAAUCGAACCCUCCAGUGAAAUCAGAUCCCUCUCGUUCAAGCAGAGAAACUGCAAAUUCCACGAUGAGCAUAAACUCACGAUGUGGCCUAUCUACACAUACGCCAUGUGCAAGAGGGAAUGCGUUUAUAGAAGAAUGUUCAAACUCUGUGGAUGCCACCACCACUUCGCAAGACCUGUUCCUGGAGUGCCAACGUGCGACCUAGCGCAAUUGCGCUGCGCUGCUAAAAAUAUCAAAGCCAUUUUGGGUGAUAAUAAUGAGGGUGCGGGAGAUUGUGGCUGUCUUCAUGACUGCCAUUUCAUUCGUUAUACAGAGGGCCGAGUACGCUCAUAUUUUCUAGGUGAAAGAACCCCCAUGGAAGUCACGCUGGAUGUGACCUUUCAAUUUCCAAAGGACAAGUACAUCAACGAACAAGUAUUCGGCUUCGUAGACUUCCUGGCAGCUGUUGGUGGAGCUGCUGGAUUGCUUCUUGGCGCGAGUAUCCUCUCGUUCGCUGAAUUUUUCUACUUCGCGACAUUACGAUGCUUCUGGUAUUACAGGAAGAUGAGAAGUGAGAGAAUCAGAAAACUGAGGAAUAAAAGGAAUAGCUUGGCUAAAAUCAUGACGGAAUUGAAAAAACCCAUUAGUUAA